AUGUUUAACGCGUGCAAGGGCAACAGCAACUGCUGUCGGGAGGAAAGCGAGGACACGGAAAAGCUCGUGCACGAAGGGAGGCACGACCUGUUCGAUCAACAGCUGGGGAAGCAGAAUGGGGAAUUUAAGAAGAUCAUCGAGGGGGAGCCCGACCAGGCCAAAGCCGUCGAAAUUAGCCAGCGCACGGAUAGGGAAUACGUUGCCAUAACUGCCUACCAGCCCGUCGACAUCGUGACGAGGACAGUCGAGGUGCCCUUCGUGCGCACCAUAGAAACGAUGGUGCCGAAAAUAACGUACGAGAGCAAGAUUAGGGAGGUCCCCAAGUACUACUCCAAAAUCGUGGAAAAGGUCGUGGAAGUCCCGGAAGUCAAAUUCGUGGACAAAAUAGUGGACGUGCCGCGCAUCCAGUACUGCUUCAAGUAUGUCCCCAAGGUGGAGGUGAAGGAAAACAUAAUUCAGAGGCCAGUUUUCCAAAAGAAGAUCGUAGAGAAAAUUGUAGAAGUCCCCAAGGUGAAGGAGAUGCAGAGGUUCCAAGAGGUCGAAACGGUGGAAUACGUCAUCAAGUACGUACCGAAGGGAUUCACCGAGGGAAGAAAAAAAUCAGAAGAACAGGGUGAGGAUGGGAAAGAUAAGAAGGAAGAAGACGCAGAUGAAGAAAGGGACACAGGCGAAGAAGAAGAAGAAGAAACCAACGAGGAGAAGCAGGAAGCUAACAAUUCCAGAUUUUACGAACUGAAAAAUUAUUCUGAAGGAGCCAAGCUGGUUAGGAAUGUACAGAUGGAGAUGAGUCAGCCCCAAUUAUGGGGACAGGCAAUGCCCAUCGGCCAGGAUAAGAUGUUCCCAUACGUUUUUAGUAGACCCAUGCAAGGACAGGCGGAGGAACAGGCAUAUGGAGGGAUAGGGAUAGGGAUAGGGCCAGGAAUAGGGCCAGGGAUAGGGCCAGGUAUAGGGCCAGGGACUCCCUGGGGAAGUGCUGUAGUUGGGGGAGAACCAUAUGGCGAAGCUUACGAAGGAGGAGCAGUGCACCCCGCGUUUGGCUUGAGAAACGAGCUAUCCCUAAUGCAGCUGAAGGAAAGGAAUGCUUCGAUGUUACCAACGCCACGGAUAGAACAGGUUUUUAAACCCAAAAUUGUGAAAAACAUAGAAGUGCAGAAACAUGUACCCAUUUCGGUGGACGUGCCAGUUCCUUAUAUGGUCCCCAAACCUGUCGUUGUUAAUGUAGAAGUGCCUGUCUUGAAAUUCAGAGAUACAUUUGUGCCUGUACCGGUCAGGCGAAAAAUCAUCCCCAAAAUUAAGUGGAUCUCAGAUGUUUAUCAGGUUGAUUGCAUCAAGGAGAAGCCGUAUUUGAAGAUCCAAGACGUGAUAAGACCAAUUCCUUGUGAUGUGCAGAUUAAGUAUAGGAAGUACAUGGAAAAGGCUUGUGCUGUGAACCCUAAUGAGUUGCCACAGGAUGAUGUGCACGCCAUGUGGAUGCGCGUGAAUGCGCACCUCGCCGAGCAGAAGAAGCGGGAGUAUGGUGACCUGUACCCGUACUAUCGAGCCGAAGGAGAAGGCGAAAAGGACAGCAGCAGCUCUGGAAAAGACGAACAGGAAGGAAGUGAGGGCACAGAAUCUUCGGAAGAGGGAAAGAUGCAAGAAGGAGAAAUCAGAGAAGGCGUUUUGGAGGAGGAAGGGGAAGCCUCAGGGAGGGCGAGUAAGCAGGAGGAAGUGGGGGGAGACAAGGAAGAGCGCGCCGAGGGGGAAGAGACCAUCGGGAGUGAAGCAGGCGGGGUGGUGGAACGAAGCGGGGCGAUGGAACAAAGCGGGGUGAUGGAACAAAGCGAGUCGGCUGUCUCAAAUGGGGAAAUCAUACAAAUUGGGGAAGUAGCGCAACACGGACCAAUCAUAGAAGUCCUAAGGAGAGAGUACGGCGAAAUUGAGCAAACCAAAGGAGAGGAAUGGAAACACGUCGAAGGAAUAGAAAAGGUAAGCGCAGAGCAGAAUAUUUUUUACUCCUAUGAAGGGUCGGAGCAAAUGCAAAAGGAGGGAAGCGGUUACAAUGUGUGUUGCAAAAAUGCAAAUAAUCGUGUUAGUGGCACAUCGGCAAAUGAGGAGAGAUACAAUUUCGAAUGCGUCGAUGAAUUCAUGAAGGAGAUGAAAAAACAAGAUCAUUUGGAGGAAGGAGCCGUAGCUUCUCUGUACCCAUCACACCCUCUAGCCAUGACGUACUUGCAGAAUAAGUGGAUUCAAACAGACACUCUGAGGACACAUGAACUUUACCAUGACGACUUCGUCAGGGCAAGCAUUAAUGCCAAUUUUAAUCUACAAAAUAAAAAUCCAGUGAUAUCAGAGGUUAUGAAAAAUCAGGAUUUUCUAAAAACAGCCAACCCUCUCAUCUCUCCUUUCUUUCCGAGGAAUAUACAGAACAUAGAAAAUUCCUACAAUAGAGUUAUAAUGCAGAAUAUUCAGGAGGAGAAUAUGCGAUGCGUAGGGGGUACUAAUAAGUAUGAGCAAAAGGUGCAUGGUCUCUCGGGGGAUACGGAUGUGAGGAUGUAUGACGAAGGGGUUGCGGGGGGCGCUGGACAUGUGUGCGAUUCGGGGGGGAAAUGCUGCAGCUACUUUUGCAAGCACUGA